GUACCGUUGUUGGGGGCAAGACAGUCUGCGCGAGCGCACGCGAGCCUGCCAAGCCAACAGCGGCCAAUGGCCAGUCGUUUAAAGCCCCUUGCGCGUGACAGACGUUUCUCAACAAAUACAGCAUACAAACAGUGAACAUCAAUGCAGUAAAAUGGGUCUUUUGAACGCAGAAGACGAACUUGACCAAGUUUCAACGGAGUUGGUAUUCUAUGUCAAUGGAAAGAAGGUGGUAGAGCCGAACCCAGAUCCAGAAUGGACGUUACUGUGGUAUCUACGCAAGAAGCUGCGCCUGACCGGCACCAAGCUUGGCUGCGCCGAGGGCGGCUGCGGGGCCUGCACCGUCAUGGUCUCAAAGUAUAACCGCAAAGAUAAAAACAUUGUUCACCUGGCAGUAAAUGCAUGUCUGGCGCCGGUCUGCGCAAUGCACGGGCUAGCAGUCACAACAGUCGAGGGAAUAGGCUCCACGAAAACCAAACUCCAUCCCGUGCAAGAACGAAUCGCUAAAGCACACGGCUCACAGUGUGGUUUCUGCACACCCGGAAUCGUCAUGUCUAUGUACGCCUUACUCAGAUCUAAGAAAUACAUUAAAUACUCAGAUAUGGAAGUAGCUUUUCAAGGAAAUCUCUGCAGAUGUACUGGUUACCGUGCCAUAAUAGAAGGUUAUAAAACUUUCCUCGAAGACUGGGAGACAAAUCGAGUAGUUAACGGCGCAUCGAACGGUGUUCAAAACGGAAAUGGGGUAUGUGCUAUGGGCAAAGAUUGCUGCAAAAACAAGACUGAUAAAGAGGAGGAUAAAAGUGAAACCGAAUAUAUUUUUGAUAGGUCCUCAUUUUUGCCCUAUGAUCCUAGCCAGGAGCCCAUUUUCCCACCAGAAUUGAAACUAACAUCUAUUUAUGAUGAACAAUACCUCGUAUAUAGAGGGAAAAAAACAACGUGGUACAGACCGACAAGUUUAAACGAAAUCUUAAAAUUAAAAGCGCAACAUCCCGAAGCAAAAAUCGUUGUCGGGAACACUGAAGUUGGUGUAGAAGUUAAAUUUAAGCACUGCGUGUACCCUGUCAUAAUCAUGCCCAACAAUGUGGCUGAAAUGAAUACCAUUAUAGAAAACGAAAAAGGGCUGACUGUUGGAGCCGCUGUAACCCUAUUAGAAAUGGAAAACACGUUUAGACAAUACAUGGAAACAUUACCUCAAUAUAAGACACGAACGCUAAAAACUAUAGUAGACAUGCUAUAUUGGUUUGCUGGAAAACAAAUACGAAGUGUGGCUGCUCUGGGGGGAAAUAUAAUGACGGGUAGUCCUAUAUCCGACCUUAAUCCAAUAUUGAUGUCUUUGAAAGUUCAAUUAAACCUACUCAGUGAAAAGGGUGGUCACCGUUCCGUUUUGAUGGACGAGACAUUUUUCACUGGAUAUCGAAGGAAUGUAGUUCAACCUGAUGAAAUUUUAUUGUCUAUUGAUAUACCCUAUUCAAGGAAAUAUCAAUAUGUCAAAGCUUAUAAACAAGCUAAGAGGCGAGAAGAUGAUAUUUCUAUUGUUACCGCAGCGAUAAAUGUAGAGUUCGAAGACAAUACAAACGUUAUUAAAAAUCUAAACAUGGCGUUCGGAGGCAUGGCUCCUGUAACUAAAAUAGCUACAAAAACAGGAGAAUCAUUAAAAGGCGAAAAAUGGAAUGAGACAAUGCUUGAAAAAGCUUUUUCAGUUAUGGUAGAUGAAUUGCCAUUGAGUCCAUCAGCUCCCGGUGGGAAUAUUCAAUUUAGAAGAGCUCUAACAAUGAGUUUGUUCCUUAAAGCUUAUCUAGCAAUUGCCAAAGAUACUGCAACUGACUAUCUAAAUAAUGUUAAUGUCACCCCGAACUAUAUCAGUGGAGCUGAACAGUUCCACGGGAGUAUUCCUAAGAGCUCACAAUAUUUUGAACUAGUUGGAGAUAAGCAGAAGCCCAGUGACGCUAUCGGUAGACCAAUUCAACAUCGAUCAGCGUACAAACAAACAACAGGAGAAGCCAUAUAUUGCGAUGAUAUGCCAACAGCUGAAGGUGAAUUGUAUAUAGGUUUUGUCCUAAGUACAAAAGCUCACGCCAAAAUACUAUCAGUGGACCCAUCAAAAGCGUUAGAAGAUCCUGGAGUAGUAGCUUUUUAUUCCGCUAAAGAUUUGACCCCAGAGCAAAACGCUAUCGGUCCUAUUUUUCACGACGAAGAACUAUUUGCAAGUGAAAAAGUCGUCAGUCAAGGUCAGACUAUAGGUGUUAUAGUAGCGAAUGACCAAGUGACAGCACAAUCGGCAGCCAGAAAAGUGAAAAUUGAAUACGAAGAGUUGCAACCCAUUAUAGUCACAAUCGAAGAUGCUAUAAAACAUAACUCAUUUUACUCACAGUACCCUAAAACGAUACGUAAGGGUAACGUAAAGCUCGUUUUUGAAGAUAAGAACAAUAUUAUCAUUGAAGGAGAGUGUCGCAUGGGUGGCCAGGAACAUUUUUAUUUAGAGACUCAUGCAGCUUUUGCGGUUCCCAAGAAAGAAGACGAUGAAAUGGAAAUUUUCUGUUCGAGUCAACAUCCUUCAGAAAUAGCUAAACUAACGAGUCACAUCCUUCAUGUGCCAAUGAAUAGGAUCGUUGCUCGAGUGAAACGAAUGGGCGGUGGAUUCGGUGGUAAAGAAUCCCGUGGUAUGCUGGUGGCAUUGCCGGUAGCGCUCGCAGCUCACAGACUGAAUCGUCCAGUGCGUUGCAUGUUGGACCGAGACGAAGACAUGCUCAUGACAGGGACAAGACAUCCCUUUUUAGUCAAAUAUAAAAUGGCUGUGAAUAAACAAGGAAAAAUACUUGGUGCUAUUGUCAAUAUUUGCAAUAACGGAGGAUAUUCUAUAGAUCUAUCUGGAGCAGUGGUGGAAAGAGCUAUGUUCCACUUUGAAAACUCGUACUACAUUCCCAACUGUGAAGUAACUGGUCACGUUUGUAGAACCAAUUUACCUUCCAACACAGCAUUCAGAGGAUUCGGUGGACCGCAAGGAAUGUUUGGUGCAGAGAACAUGGUUCAAGACAUUGCGGAAAUCCUAGGAAAGAGCGCAGACGAAAUUAGAAGAAUAAACUUGUAUCAAGAGAAUCUAACGACACAUUAUGGCCAAGUUUUGGAAUAUUGUACUCUACAGAGAUGCUGGGACGAAUGUGUGCAGAAAUGUAAUUUGGCUCAAAGGAAAAUUGACGUCGAAAACUUUAAUAAACAACAUAGGUGGAGAAAACGUGGUAUCUCUGUAAUUCCCACUAAGUUUGGUAUUGCAUUUACGGAGAAGUUGUUGAAUCAAGCCGGUGCUCUUGUGAUUAUUUAUACUGACGGUUCAAUUCUCCUUUCACAUGGAGGUACUGAGAUGGGACAGGGUCUUCACACUAAAAUGAUACAAGUGGCUUCUCGUAUACUUGAGGUUGACAUAUCCAAAAUUCAUAUCACAGAGACAGCUACAGAUAAAGUACCUAACACUUCAGCUACAGCUGCCAGUGCCGGCUCGGAUCUAAACGGAAUGGCCGUACUCGAAGCAUGCCAAACAUUAAUGAAGCGACUUCAGCCGUACAAAGAGAAGAACCCUAAUGGAACUUGGGAACAAUGGGUAUCUGCAGCUUAUGUUGACAGAGUUAGUUUGUCUGCUACCGGCUUCCACGCCACCCCUGACGUCGGCUACAAUUUCAAAGAGAAUACGGGGAAACCAUUUAAUUACUUCACAUAUGGAGUUGCUUGCACGGAAGUUGAAAUCGAUUGUCUUAGUGGCGACCACAUGGUUCUAAGAACUGACAUUGUUAUGGAUUUGGGUGAGAGUUUAAACCCUGCUAUAGACAUCGGUCAAAUCGAAGGUGGUUUCAUCCAAGGUUAUGGCCUCUUCACUAUGGAAGAGCUGAUUUACUCUCCAACGGGAACGUUGUAUUCGCGAGGGCCGGGUGCAUAUAAAAUACCUGGAUUUGGCGAUAUUCCCCAAGAGUUUAAUGUUUCUCUACUCAAAGGUGCUCCAAACCCAAGAGCUGUAUAUUCUUCAAAGGCUGUGGGUGAACCGCCUCUGUUCCUGGCGUCUUCAGCAUUCUUCGCUAUCAAGGAAGCCAUCCGAGCGGCGAGGAUAGACGCAGGCGUCUCUCCCCAGUUCCGUCUCGACGCUCCCGCUACCUCUGCUCGUAUUCGUAUGGCGUGCGAAGAUCAUAUCACUAAGAAGCUUGAUGUGCCUGAACCAGACAGUUUCGUGCCAUGGAAUGUCAUUCCAUAAAAUAUUUACCAUUUUACGGUUGCUAUUAAGUAUAUUAUAUUAGGUUGUGAACUUAUAUUUUUACUAUUAUUUCAAUUCAAAGUUUAAUAAAAGUUACUCUUUACUCA